GCAUAAGGCCAACCAGAGAAAACAUAUCUCAGUCUCGCUCGCCCUUGCUUAGCUUGCUCUCCCACCGUCCCACGUAUAUAUACACCUCGAUCGCCUCUUCUCUCUCUCCGGCCGGGAAAAGAAAGAGGCUCUGCUCUCACAUCUGCAAGCCUCCAAAUUUCCCUCGCAUCACCGCAUUCUUACAUUCCUUGAGUUGAGGUCUCCUCGUUGUUGAUCACUCGAUCUCCUCUGAUCUUCGGUUCCAAAUAAUCGAUAGCCAUGCUGUCUUCUCACUGCGAGAACAUGCUCGCCUACGCGGCGGCCGCCGCCGGGCGGCGCGCGUCGGUGCUGGUCGAUCCCCGGCGGUACCGGCCGAACGUGGAGGUGGCGCCCAACUGCCCGCGCUGCGACUCGCCCAACACCAAGUUCUGCUACUACAACAACUACAGCCUCAGCCAGCCCCGCUACUUCUGCAAGGGCUGCCGCCGCUACUGGACCAAGGGCGGCUCCCUCCGGAACGUGCCCGUCGGCGGCGGCUGUCGCAAGAACCGCCGGGGCAGCAAGUCGUCAUCCUCGGCGCGGCCCAUGGCCGACGACACGGCCGCCGCGGCCCGCGACCAUGGGCCCGCGCCUGCAGCGUUCUCUCACCGGUUCCACGGCCCGGUCCGGCCCGACAUGCUCCUCGAAGGCAUGGUCGGCAACCCGCCGGCACAGCUGGGCCAGCCGGCGCCCUCGUCGGCCAACAAGCCCGCCGCGGCGGCAGAUGGCUCGAUGAUUGAUCUCGCAUUGCUCUACUCCAAGUUCUUGAGCCAUCAGCCUGCCAACGACGUGCGGGAAUCGGUCGACACGAGCUCGAGUGGGUCAAGCUCGGCGACGAGCCCGGGCGUGCAACCGGGCUCUGGCCCGGCCCAAGCCCAGGCCCAACACGGGUUCGGCAGGCUGUCUAGCCCGGCAACGGCAAGCACAGAGCAGAGCGAAACGACGACCAUGCUGCAGUGCGCCGACGUGCGCGCGCAGGCGCUCGGCGAGCUCGCCUUCAGCGUGGACCAGAGCUGCUACGACUCGCUCGGGCUGCCAACGGACGGCGGCGAUCUGAUCCUCCGUUCGACUUGGGACCAGGGCGCCAAGUACGAGCCGUUCGAUUCGCUGCCCGUCCCCGAGGAUGCCAUGAGCCUCCACGGCGGUGUCCCGGCCGGAGGUGACGACGUCUGGAGCAAAGUGUUGGGCUCUCAAGGGCUGGAAGCUGCUCUCUGCAGGCCUUGAUGUCAGCUCAUUUUCUAGCUUCAUCGAUCGAUCUGCGGCUGCUGCUGUUUCUUGUGAUUGUUUUCAUGUCUUUCUUUUUCUGAUCUCUACUUAUUUUGAUCUUGUUCGGACAUGGUUUACAUGAGUUACGUGUUCAGGGUCAAGGAGUAUACGUGUGAGAUAAAAAAGAAUGUAAUAAGAUUUUGUAUUUUAUUGGUUAUAUAUGGAGUAUACCGCUACUAUUAAUUUAACAGCUGGUUUUUUGCCUUUU